AUGUCACAACCAACACAAUCAAGGAGACCGAGGUUGACUCUCCAGACUAGGCCUGUACAUGGAUCGGGUGUCAAAUCUAGGCACACCUAUGCCAAUGUUGAUAUCAAGUCGCCGACGGCCCUCAACACACUAUCAAACGUAUAUGCUACUGCAAUCGAGAGGUCAACUCCUACUCAGACAACUCCCUUGACAGCGGUAAAACUUCAUCCGCCACUCAAAUUGAGGACUGAUGUAGACACACUCCGGAGUCAUCAGCAAAGAGUUCGCAUAUCAUCCGCACCUCGACCAGAUACCCCUUUAUCGGACAAUGCCACUUCUCCCCUUCAAAAGAUGGAAGUCGUGUGCCCAAGCACUAUGACUCCAACUCCACCAUUAUCAGCUGAGCCUGUCGACUCGGAACGCAGAGCGUUUACUUUUCCUUCCAUGGAGAUAGAUCGUCAUAUCGUGCCACUAUCACCAGGCUUGCCUCGUCGUUCUAAUACUACUCUUGGUUUUGGCUCCCUCGCGACGGCACCAUAUAGUCACAAUAGAUCCCUCCACAGCAUUCUACGCAAUUCUCCUUUACAGCCAUUCACUGCCAAGUCUCCUAGUGCGACAAGGAGGAAGUCAGUCCGGCUUCAAGAGAGAGUCUCGAGACGAGUGGGGUACGAGUCACCUUUGACCAAGAUCAUAACAACUGAAAAAUACACGAAGUCGCACAUUGACUUAUUAGCUGAGGAAGCUUCUCCAUAUACGCCAUCGCCAAGGCCAGAAGACUCUGAUAGGGUGAUUGAUCUUGCCAUGGCUUACCCGGGGGAUGAAACAAAGGAUGGUGGCCAGACCCCGGGGCCAUUCGAAGAGAUGAGGAGGAGGAUGACAAGUCUUGCCACGGAGACACCUGUCCGUUCUCCGAGAUCCGGCUCAGACGGGGUCCAUAAGCGGAAACGAAAGGAGAAGAGGCGGAAGUGGGUUUGGACAAUUGGGAAAGAGGAUGAGGAGAGUGGAAGUGGAGAAAUAGCGGCUGUCCGUGCCACGGGAGAGGCUUUCACAUUCGGAGCCACUCGCGCGACGCUCCCCGUGCCUGUUCGGAUCGAUAGGUCUGAGACACCAGAGCCCGUGACAGCUAUUAAAACCAGCGCCGAAUGGUCUGAGUCAAUAUCAGACACAUCGACUGAAACGGAAUGGGACUGUAUGGAUGUCGAUAUUGCAGAAACGAGCAGUUUACACCCGAGCGAAAUAACAUCUCAUGGUGUGGAUCUUGACAUUCAGACCCUGGUGGCGACUCACGACCUAGACUCACCCGAGUUGUUUUCGGCGAAAAGGCAACGACUCGAUCAUGACGUGACAAUUCCCCCAACUCCCGUAGAGAGUUCAGAGGUCUUUGGCGUUAGGUGA